AUCCAGAGAGCAGCGAUUCAACGGGACUACUUGGAAGAAAACUUUGCAAAGAUUUCCAUCCCGAAGGAGAAGAAAGCAAACGGUAAAUAUAAUGCCAUCGAAUGAAGAGUGUAGGCAACACUCUUACAAUUCGGUUAUCUUGACGUUUGAUUCAAUUUAUCCAAUGUCAGAGUUUUGAUGUUUGACGUUUGCUCGCAUAUGAAUAACACUGAUUUCUCUUAGACAAGGAGUAGUUGCAUCAUUAUGGCUCAUUUUUGUGCAAUACUCUAUGAAGCCUGUUUUAACUGUCAGUAAAGGUGCUUGAACUUUUUCUUAAUAUAAAUUCACACAUUGUAACACACAACUUGUUAGAUAAGACCCCCCUUUUGAUGCAUGACUUUGUAAAAUCUCCAUAAGUUCAGUUCAACUAGAUUUCCAAUAAAACACAGGCUCCUCAAAGCAACACAAAACUUCAUCUUUAUUGAAGGAUAACAGCAGACAGGAGAAUCCCUCAUAAAGUUUCUCUAUUCCUGUGAACAGGACAGUAACAAUUGUUUGUUUGCUGGCAGUUCUUUGUAAGAACAGGUGGGCUGGUCUCAGUAUGUGGGGAUCCCCUUUCUCUGCCUCUGCAGGAACUCGGAUCAGGAUAGGUGGGGGACCUGGACAUGCAUCCACGCUCACCAAGGAUGCUCUGAACUGUCCAACAUCUGCUGAAGUGUCCCGCUCAACUCAGUCAUGGUAAGAAUCCAACACAAACAGAACAGCUAUCUAGAUAAAGUGAAGGAUUGUACAUUAUAUGAGUUUUAUUUGUCAUCUGGGUGCAUCUGUUGUUGACUUUAGCCUCUCCCCUGUACAACCUACUUUUAUUUGCCCUCUCCACUGUCAAGACCAUUGAGACUAUACCACAAUUAAUUGUGUGUGCUGUAAGAACCUAAUUGUUAAGGAGAUUAGGGCAGAAUGUUGAAUUGAAUCCCAGCAUUAAUAUUUGAUGGGCUAAAGCUGUCCAUAGGGGGUUCACAGUGUGUGAGCAAUUCACAGAUGGAGUCAGAGGACGAUCUCUCACUCUGUCUAAAAAUCAGAGAGCGUAAUUAGGAGCAAAAUUUCCCUCUUCAUUCAUUACUGUCAAAAUAGACGUUAAAAAUAAUCAUCAAAACACACAGAAAGAUAUUUUUCUCAUCGUGCUGCCAAAGUUUGAGAAUGUUACUUGUGGAGCAAACAACAUAAUGUGCAUUGCAUAUUAUUCUCAUAACUCUGGAUGGUUAAUGUGUCCCCCAAAGACCAGAAUUAGUCAGAGCAUCAUGAGCCAUGGAAUAUCAUCCUUUAAACAUUUGGGGGAUACAGUUUGGAAAGUAAAUAUCUAGUAAACUUUUCUUCUCCUGAAGAUUUGGUCAAUGACACCACCUCUAUCAGGCAAUAUUACCAUUUCAAUAACCUGGAAGCUAAAUGAAGAGAUAUCAUGUUUGAAGUCAGUGAGAUGUACUGCUAUAGGGUCAUCUUUAUUAUCUCUCUUUAUAGAGCUCUUGUGCUGAUUCACUCUUUCUUUUAUUGGAAAUGAAAACAGAGAAUGAUCCACAACAGCAUUUAAUCAUAUAAACUGCAUAAGAAGUGAAACAGGUGAUCACGUAAUUGAUCAGGUACUUCUUUCCAGUAUGAUGUAGAGUGAAAUUAUCUAAUUUGACCAUAUUGUUACACUGAGCAUGUCCUCUGCAUUUGUAACAUCCAUUAAUGAGGGGUUUUAGUUGGACCUUUGUGCUCUUUUUCACCAUUUUCUGUGGUUAACAGUGAUUUCUUUUAAACCAGUGUAUAUUUUGUGGUCUGAGGAUAAUGACUGAUAGUGUCUUUUAGUUAUUUAGCCAAAUAUGUGACUGUUAGUUGACAGAAAUCUUCAUAGUGUGUUAUGCCUCACUCUAAGGCAGCCCUGUGAGGCUAACAACAAUCCAGAACAUGACCCAAUGAAAAUCAGAUAAAGAAACCUUCAGUGAUCAAAACUGUGGAACUUAUUAUUGAUUGUCAAACAAAUAAUAAAAUACAAAUAAACUAAGUCAAAAAGCUCAACAGAAGCACAGAAUCUUUGUGAGAGGCGACAGGGCAGCAGUCCCCACCAACAUUGCCUUUGCUUCCUGCAGGCAGCUUUUCUUAGGCUUAUAAAUACCCAAAUCAAGGUUCACCUCUUCAGAAAUCAGAUUCACUUGGGCAGUGGCAGAGCAGACAGAGGGGUAAGGGGGCAAACAGAGCAGAGCGGAAAAGAACAACAUGCAGGUGUAACAAUGAGUGAUACAUUUCACCAUUGGAAGAAAGCCAGAGGAAAUGAACAAGAAAAAGUCAGCAAAGAACUGGUACUGCUCUGUCCAGGAGGGUUGCCAAGCCGGUUUUAACAUACUUCAACUCAUAGGUGUAAAAUGUUAGACGUGAAAUUCAUGUGUCUGUACAAACUGGUAAGACUACACAAAUAAACAAUAUUAAUGUUAAAGGUAAAGCUUUUUUUCUUUUCUUCUGAGGAUGGUGUACAGUAUCAAAUAAAUGAAGUUGUCAUGCUUUUGCAGCCGAACAAUGCUUUGUGGUGGACCAAAUAUCAACGACAAAGACGGAAAUAGGCUAAUGUUGAUAUUUGGAAAGACUUCUCAGCAAAUAUUUGCUCUUGUCAAACAAGCUCUAUUGGUUCUUUUUUUUCUUGACACGAAGGCGGAAGUAAGCGAUCUUUUAUUUCAGUUCAAUGUGCUUCAUUAAAAUCAAUGUAUAAAAAGAAAAUACCGGUAAUCAUGCCAAGUAUCAGUAUUCAUGUCUUCCUCUGUCAAUACAAGAAAUCAAAUGUCACAAAAACAUUGAAACUUUAACCCUAUAACCAACCUGUUGUCCCCACCUGAGGAGAUGAGAAGUUAAUUGUGUUAGUAACCAUUUAAUUAACAUCUUCUCAUACAUACAUUAAUGUAAUACUACAUGUAUCAACCCCCCCCCCCCCCCCCGCACUUUUCAUCUGUCCAUGGUUUUCUAAUCUUACCCUCUUCUUCUUUUCUGUUUACAUCUUUUUCCAUUUCCAAUUGCUGCCAUUGAUUUUCAUGUUUGUUUUUUCAGCUGAUUAUGUCCCUGUACUGUGAUUCGCCGGUGGGCACAUUGCUCUCUGCACUUUAAUUGGACAUUUAAUUAGAUCACAGUUUUAGUCCAAUUAGACUCAGAGGUGUCGGGAAAAAUGCUACAGAGGGGAGAAGAGGAAAAAGUCCCCAAGCUGGUCUCUGUCUCCCUUCCCCCCAUUUUAUCCUCUCUCCUCUAGUUCUCGCUCUCUUUCUUUCGUUUUGUCGUUUUCUUGCGGCCUCGCCUUGUCUCUUCUGUCUCCCUCCUCCUGAGGGCGGCUCAUUAGUGAUAUAAUGGGAUGACACAAAACACACAGCUCCACUAGCUCCCAGAGUGGCUCAAGUGGGGCCAGAAUUGCUCACAUACACACUCGAACACAAACACAGUUUCUUGAGGGGAGAGGGUGGGUCAGUUCUUCUAAAAUCAUGCACUCUCCCUCCCUUUUGAUGGAGAGCCAUGGAAGGGUAUGCAAAGGUUAUUAGUGUCUUGUGUAGACUGCAACAUCAGUCUAUCACCUGCUUGCAGCACUGAAGACUCCUUACACUCACACACAAACCCACAAUGCUCUGGGCAGACUUUAUCAACUCAAACUAGAGCUGCGGUGUGCUAUAAUAUCACUCCACCUAAUGACACGAAGAUGAGCUUUAUUCUCAGCAGUGCUGGCGUACAUGCCACUCAGAUGCAGGGCUAUUCUGCACCUGUUUAAGCCCCCCUGCCGAGGCUCCUCCCUCUUUGACUCUUUGUUGUCAUAGUUGCCACAUGGAGCGCGUCUCUGUGCAUAAACAAAACUGUGCCCCUGUGGUCAAAAAACACAUGGGCAAAUGUAAACACACACGACAAACACCCUGAUGUAUGCCAGUAUGCACACAUUAACACUCAGGUGUAAGUCCUCAGAGGACAUAAGUCAAUCUCUGAGUCCCUGAAGCAGCCACACACACAGACGCGCGCACACAUGCACACACCCACACCCACUCACACAUAUACCUGUCUGCCUCUCGUUCUCCACCUGCAAGCCUCCUUCCCUUCCUCACACUCACUUUUUUGACAUAGUUUACACAGUAUAUUUCUCUAUUUUCUUCUGUAUAUGUGAGUAAAUGUAUGUGCGUCGCAUGUCGAGGGAAUGCGUGUGAACGACAGGCAGCAGGCAGGGGUGUUUAAGCCACAGGCGUCACUGCCUGACCCCCACGGCUGUAAGAUUGACAGCUGUGGUCCCGCCUAAUUGCAUUACUCUCCCAGGUGAUUGGCUUACACCCUGGGGGCUCAUUUGUCGAGAUGCAUUGUGGUAAUGAUGUAAAUUAGCAGAUCUACGUGUCACUCAGCCUUCUCCCCCCUACUGAUUGGACCUGCUGUGCCCCAGGGCUGGGCCCCCAGUCGAGGGGACCAGCUCAUUGGUCCUUGGGGAACCAGGAAGUCCCCCAGAAAUAGGGCUUUACAGAUUGGGCAUCCCUGUGGGCUGAAAUUAUCCUUCCUCCCACCUCUUUACCUGUCAGUCAAAACCCAGGGACCGAUCCCUGCAGCCUCUAUUCCUUAGCUGAGACACACACACACACACACACACACACACACACACACACACACACACACACACACACACACACACACACACACACACACACUCACACACACACACACACACACACACACAUAUAUGGCAUAUUUAUGGCAUAUAUAUAUCGCCCCAUGUUACCACACUCUGCUGUAACUUUAUAAAAAGUCUCUUUGUACCUGCAUGUGUGUGUUUGUGUGAGCGCUUGUCUAGAUUGAAAUAAAGGCCACAGGCUCAAGUUCUGUUCCCCACUGCUUACCCAGCAUGCCCGAGCUAUGUCCUCUGUCAAAAGCAGACACCUUCACAGUGACAGACGGCUAGAGACAAACACGCAGGCACACACACUUUGACUCCCUGGUCUCUUUGCCAGUCUGCCUCAAUAGCUUCAAUUGAAGUAUUAGUUCCAUUGCAAGUCUGGUUUCGCUGUGUUUGUGUGUGUUUGUGUGCAUGAGGAGGCAGAAUGUGUGUAUGAACUCCUGUAGUGUUGCUGAAAGGUUUCAUGGCAGUGUCUGGAUUCUUUGUUACGCUCACUGCGGUUAUAUGAGGCUGAAUAUGAAUAAAGACUACAUAAUGUCAGCAUCAGCAUGAAUCAAUACUUAUACAGAUGCCCAAUCACCUGGUCUGGACCUCAGCCCUGGAUCAAUAGUUUACUCUGAGUUAUUGUCUUCAUAUUAACAAGUGGAGCACUCCCUGAGGAACGUAUGAAUGGCAAAAAUGAGAGCACUCCAACCCUCUCAACAGGACCUGGUGUUGUUUCUACACCCGCUUUUGUUUGAUUUCAGACACUGCAUUACAAAAACCUUUUUAGCCAAAUUUGGAUGCACUGUAGGUGUUUCCAAAACAUUGCGGUCCUCAUGAAACUCUAAUUGCCUGCUCUUGGUGGUAUGAAUGUCCCUCACAAAGAUUCAGGUAUCGACUUGUAUCCCUCGUGUCAGUGUUUGGCUAAAUUUAUUUUUCUGCAUCUAAGAUUAUUAACAAAUCGAUUCAUACAUUUUUUGUGACAGCUGGAGGUUUUCAUAUUGACUCCAAAUAUUCACAAAAACAAGAUUUUAAAAAGUCAUGAAAAGUAGAGGAAAAAGUUUGAAGCACAGUGAUUUUUUUUAAUAUGGUCUCCUGACAUUGCUUCUUCUGAUAGUGCAUCCAUGUGCAUAUGUUAGAUAUUAGAUUUGGAGACUGUGCGUGAGCAUGUGGACAAGCACGUGCAUUUCUGACUGAGUAAUCAUUGUAAAUUAGAGAUGUUUGUGGUUGAUUUUGGUAAAAGCCUCUGUAAAACCUCUCUCACGGAAAAAUCACUUCCCAUGACACGGCACAUGUGCCAAACAAGCAAACACACACACUCACACACACACACACACGCAUGACCCAUCAUUAAUACACACCUAUAAGUGCUGCAAGUAAUGUCUCUCCCUCCUAUUCUCUUGGAAGCACACAAAGACCUACUUUGCAAUAAAUGUAUUAACUAACCUGUAUUAAAUUUCCAACACUACUUGGCAGAGCGUGAGAAAGCAGCGAGCAUGAUGGGUAAUUGCCAUGCUGCACGCAGUGUCUACAGGAGUCCUCUUUAUGAGGUGAUGUAGGGGGUUGAUGGAGGACACUUGAGGUUUUCCUUCCUUUGGAUCAUUCAGGGUUUUUUUUCUUCUUUCCAGUUUCCAUGAAUUUGAGAAAUGCAGCCGGCCUGCCUAUACUUUAUCAAUAUCAGCUGUAUUGUCUCAACGUCUUCAUACAGUUAGUUUCAUUAAUAGGGAAUCAGAUCUGUUCAUGUGAUCAGUAAUAAAAAUGUCUCGGUGAACUCUUAGAUUGUGGCACGAGUUUGUGCCUCCAGCAUUUACGUGUUUAGGGGCAAUAAUUGAUUUCUAUGUUGUCCCCUGCAGGGCUUGUUCCACAUCUCUAAAACCCCUGCACACAUACACAUGCACCUUCUCUCACGCAUGCACACACACACACAGCACGGCAUGCUGCAGUAUUAAUGAGACAUGAAUAAGACAUGAAGAGAGACCCCCCUCUUACGCCGCUCACACAGGGUCUCCCUCCUCCCCAGCUGCUUCCUGUCUGCAGAUUACCCAGCUUUCGCUGGGCUCUGGUUAAGUGGGGCCAGGAAGAGAUUUAGCCCCCUCAGCAGGAGCAAACACACACAGGCACACACUCACGAGCAUAUGCGUAUAAGCGUGCACACCCACUCUUCUCACUGUGUGCAAACAUUGGGAAAUAUCUGUUUUAUGGUGGGGUUGAAUGCUGACAGAACUUGAGGUUUUGUUCUCUGCCCGGCACAUGACCAAGGAUGAAGAACUUGACCUCAUCUUUUCUCUUAUUUAUUUAUUGAGACCAAAGAAAUCGUCUGAGCUUUGACAUGUGAAAUUAUAUUGCCAAAUUGAGCUAACCUGUGAAUGAUCAAGAUAAUCAACAUGUAUGUCAAUUUGUGCUUUUUAAGGGUUAAUUUUAACUUACGUCAAAUUCAUCUGCUGAGCUUAUUUCGUCCGAUUGUAAAUGACUUUAGUUACGCAUAUGUCACAGCAUUAUGCAUUAACUGCUGAGUGGAGAGUCAUAGUUGUAGGGUGUGCUUGAAGGUUUAUAAAAUGUAAAGGAAGCUGUCUAGACUCAGCUGAAUGCCACCGUAUGAAACUCUUGAUAAGUGAGCUGAGUGUAUGUUGCUGCAGGUUUUGACCUUCUCUCUGUUUGUGUUGCAGGCCUCAGCGACGUCUAGCCCAGGACCUGCCUCUCUGGGCUCGCAGGUCCAUGCAGCAGCUGUUAAUGGAGAUAGGAGCACCCUUCUCAAGCUCAUCACGGGUACAUAGAGCACAAGCCUUUGAAUUUAUUAAAGGUUUAUUUAUUAAAUAAGUGGUAGAGCAUUAGGAGAGCAGAUUAUUUUUUUGCAAAAAUUCAAAUCAAGGCGCAGCUGUUUUAUUUGUGCCUUUUAACUCCAAGGCCCCGAAAUAUCUGGGACGCAAAGUUUUUCAGUUACAUCUAUAAAUCAUAAUUUAUUGCUUUGUUUCUCUUUAUGAGGGAAUUGUCCUUGUGUUUUCCUCAAUUUUUAUUAUUGUUAGAAUGAAGGGACAGCCUGGGGUUUGGGUUUUUCACAGGGAAAAACAAUGAAAGGCCAGGUUCCUUCUUCCGAUGACUCUAAUCUUUUAUCAAAACGCUGAUAAGAGUGUUUGUGAAAAUAUGAGAUAAAAAUGUAAACAACAAUUGAAACUUGUCUGUUUGAAGGAUCAUGCAGUCCUCCAUGUUUCUAGAGUUUAAGUAUUUAUCUUGAUUUCUAAUGAAACUGAGUCAUUUAGUAAAGUGGAAGUGUAACUGCUGUUGAAAUAAAGCCAUCUAAGACUUUCAUUUAAGCCUAAGGCGCUGUCUAAGAAAAAGAGUCUAUUACAUAUCCCGUGACAAGCAUAAUAUUACUUACUGUGAGUAUGUUAAAAGAAAAAAAGCAUUUACCCCAAAUAUUUGCCUUUAGCUUAAACCUCGAUCUGUUCAUUUUUUCUCUAUGUGUAUGUGUUUGUAGCUGAUCCAUCUCUGCGGGAUCGUGAGGACCAGUUUGGUCGGACCCCUUUGAUGUACUGUGUGCUGGCUGACCGUCUGGAUUGUGCAGAAAUUCUGUUGAAGGCCGGGGCCUCAGUCAACAAGACCGACCACAGCCAGCGUACCGCUCUACACCUUGCAGCUCAGAAGGUGUGGACACACACAACACGUACACAGAUGUGAUAAUAAGCUUGUUGUCGUUCACUUUCAAAGCAGUGUUUACUAAAAGUUACAGAUUGUCUGACAUUGAAGGAAAAUAAAUAAAAGUGGAGAGUGAAAAACUGAAUAAAAGGAGAAUAACUUCAAAUAAUUGUUUGACUAAAAACAGUUUCUUUAAGUUAAAAAAAAUCCCUCAGAACACAGGAAGUCAGCCAAAAUUAUUUGAAGAUGAUUUAACAAGUUUGAGUUUCUCAGUUUGUCUCAAAUCACAAGAUCUGAAAGGUGUAAAGAUUCAGAAAUGUAAAGCAGACUUAAGACUAAGAUUGAUCUUACGGAGUUUUAAUGAAACAUACAGUUUGACUCCAUCAGCUCCUGUGGGGAGCCAGUGCCCUCUAGUGGCUCUAAGUAUGGCCUGAGGGCUCGUGGGGCUGGUUGUAAAUCCUGCCAGAUAAAUAGAGCUGUAAGUGACACUCACACACACUCCUCAAAAGAUUUAUUCUGCACAGAGGAAAUCCAGUCCCACCACAUUUGGCCACAAAAACCACUAAUAUAAGAUCCCGGUGUUCUUUGCUCUUUCAUCCAGGGUGAGAUUUCAGAGGAGACAGUGAAAAUUAAGAAAUGUCUGUAGGCAGGGUGGUGUUUUCUCCAAAGGGGUGUAGCAGAGGAGCAGUGGGAUGUUGAAACUAAAAUGAUCUCUUUGGACUUAUUUAUCGGUGAGUCUGCUGAUACAGAGUCAUCAUAUUUUAAAAGGAAGGAAAAAAAUCUGUUAUCGAGGUCUGUUCGUGUGUGUGUGUGUGUGUGUGUGUGUGUGUGUGUGUGUGUGCGUGAGUGUGUGUGCGUGAGUGUAUGUGUGUGUGUGAGUAUGUUGGGGGGGGAUACUAGUGAUGGGAAGCCCUGUCUCUUUGACAUCUGAUCAAUAAACGGCUGAGACAGGCAGAGAGGCCAGGGAUUACCGAUCUAAUUGGACUGAGAAUAGGGAGGAUGGGAACACACACACACACUCAGACACACACUCACAGUCUAGAUGCAUGCUCACACACGGGAUAGAUCUGUCAGACUGUGGCUUUGUGGUCACAGGAUGGCAAAUAUACAAAACACAAUCACACAUGUGCACAGUCAGCUGGCCUGAGAGCAUUGGAUGUUGCGCAACACAACACCUGGCAGCAAGGCAGUGAGAGGCUAAAAUGUGACGAUGAUAAUGAUGAUGAUGAUGGGCCAGGCUGCAGAGCUCCUGUUCACCGUCUCAUCACAGUGACAGUGAACGUGUCAUUGUUGCUUGUUCGUGAUAAAGACAGAAUAAAAUCGUCUGUUUUCACCCGUUUCUUCAUGUCUGUGUUGCAGGGGAAUGUGCGUUUCCUGAAGCUGCUCCUGUCCAGACGUGCUAACUGGCUGCAGAAAGAUUUAGAAGAGAUGACACCCCUGCACCUAGCCACCCGCCACCCUUCCCCAAAGGCCCUCGCCCUCCUGCUCAAACACAUUGGACCCGGGGAGGUUGACACACAAGACAAGAACAAGGUAGCACUAUGCAGAAACACACAAAUGAAACUGUUUGUCUUCCUAACUGUCUUCAGACAGAAACCAGUUGGUCUGCACAUCUGACCAAUAACCUGCCCAGAGAUAACUGACUGAAGACGGUUUGGCAGAAGCAGCAGGAAUUCGAGGUCAGACACACACACGCACACACAUGCACAGAGAGGCGCACUCACACAACAGUGAGCUAUUAACAAUAUGUGCCUUUGUCCUAUGUUCUGCUGAUAAGGCCACAAACACACAGUCUCCCUCUGUCUGCUGGGGCUGACGCGUAUCUGACAUCAGUUAGUUUUGUAAUAAUCCAAUAUGCAUCAUCGUGUCAGAUGACGGUGGGUUCAACAAAUCUCAGAAUAGCUCAUUGGCUGUUAUGAAGGCAGUAUCUGGGCUUCAAUCUCAGCUGGAUGUUAAGCUUUUUGCGAUGCACAUUUUCCUCAUAUUUCUGGCCGCUUUCUUUCAAAAUAAAUGCAAACAACCAAACCUGGUGUUAAAUGAGUCUCCCUGUUGAAACUCCAGCUGUGAACUGUGUGUCUGUCUUUUCUCCCUCUUUCUCUGCAGCAAACUGCUCUCCACUGGUCAGCAUUUUACAACCGGCCUGAGCAUGUUCGCCUCCUGAUCAAGCACGACUCCAACAUUGGCAUCCCAGACAGCGAGGGAAAGAUCCCUCUGCACUGGGCAGCUCACAGUCAGGAGCCCAGCGCUACACAGACUGUCCGCUGCAUAUUGGUACACUGAAUUUUACACACAGUGUCAUUAAAGUCACUUUUUAAAACAUACUUAGAAUAUUUUACUUGACCUGAAAUCUUUUUUACAGUGACCUAUUUUAAGUGUCCUCAAAUAUGGUAUUGGUUUUAUGAUCUGAGUUGGUGGAUUCCUUUAAAUAUUUGUCAUUUUUGCAUUUUUCUCUUUCCUGCCCUGUAAAGCAUUAUUAUUAUUAACAGAUAAUUAUUUUUGUUUUAUUGUAAAUGUGAGUGUCAAAAUUAACCUUCAUCCACAGCUGCCAAUCUCUUUCUUCUUUUUGUGGUCUUGUGUGGUAUGUGUGGUGCAUGUGUGCUUGAGCAGGAGGCAGCUCCCACCGAAUCCCUUUUGAACUGGCAGGACUAUGAAGGGAGGACACCCCUGCACUUUGCCGUUGCUGAUGGUAACGAGGCAGUGGUUGAGGUCCUGACAUCUUAUGAGGGCUGUAAUGUGACAGCUUAUGAUAACCUCUUUAGGACACCGCUGCACUGGGCGGCUCUGCUCGGUGAGUGAACUCACAUUCUGUAUGUGACCCCAAUGCAACCUGAACCAGAAAUACACACUGAUCAAGCGCAUGUACAGAUUAGGGGGACCGGCUUGUAAAAUCUUUGGUGUCCACCCAAACUCCUAAGCUAUGAUUGGUCAUCAUACAUGUGUGAUUGUAGAGUGGCCAUGCUCAUGAUGAAACCCACAGUAUGAAGAGUUUUGUCAGGGUAUUGGAAGUCUUCUUCUUGAUACUUUACUAUUACUCUGUAAUACUUUCUUUAAAGUUAGUCAAAGCAAUUAUGAUCAGUGGAGAGAAAAGAGGUUAAUAAAUGCUGUCCAGUCAUGUGUGUUUGUGCACACUUCAAUCAAUCAAUCAAUCAAUCAAUCAAUCAAUCAAUCAAUCAAUCAAUCAAUCAAUCAAUCAAUCAAUCAAUCAGUCUUUACUUGUAUAGCACUUUUCAUACAGAAACUAUGUAGCAUGAAGUGCUUUGCAUAGGUAAGGAAUAAAAGAAACAAAGAAAACCCUAAUCUACCCCAACCCAACCCCUCAUUCCCACCUCGCAAUCUAUGCACAAUAAAAACAUGUAUUAAAAUGUAUGAACUUAAAAAGGGCUCGAUUUCAUAUAAACAGGAAUGUGUGCACUAAGGAAACACCAUUUUAAAAUUCAAGAUAAGGAAACACUGGAGGUUUAAGUUAAAAUCUAAAAACAAAGUAACAUGAAACGAAAUUUAAGAAAUAACAAAUAAAAUGAAAUAAAAACAACAGUAAAAGAUACUAAAAUAAAAGCACCAAAAUAGGUCAAUAAAAGAUCCUGUCAUUAAACUAGAAGAGAUAAAUGCUAAAACACGUAAACAAGUUAAUGAUAUAAAAUUAAGUUAAAAGCAAGACUUAAAUAGUACAUUUUCAGUUUUCACUUAUUUCGUCCCAUCUCUGCAAGAGUCUGUGCUCCAGCCGGACCACCAAGUCAAAAAAGCCUUGACACUGACUUAGACAAAAAAUGUUUAGAAAUUCUGACCUCCUCACCACAAAAUGAAAAUUUUCUUUGCGAUUUUAUGACACUUGUGUGUUACAGUAACCUGUAUGUAUUAGAAGCCAUGCAAAUGGGACAGCUGUAGAGAAGCUGAUAUUUGUUAUACUGUCAUCCACUUCAUCUGUGAAGACUGAAAUAGGAUUCAGAAGAUUUUCAUGGUGCCAAGAGGAUGCAUCCUCUUUACUUUAAUGAUCUCCUGACUUCCCAUGAGCCUCAGCUUCACUUUGAGUUUAGUGCUGAUUUGCAAAUCUUGGCCAACGCUCUUCACUGAAAUGGUAAACUAUUCCCCGGUAUAGCUUGUUUGUAAUGUUGUUGGGAACGUUAUGAGGGACCAUCAAUGCUUUCAACAGCUUGUUUUUAUUGCAUGAAACUAAGACAAGCCAUUAUUGAGUAGGUAGUUGACUCAUGUUAACUGACUAUGAAGUUGCAUUUAACUCUGUAAACAAUAUGAUAAGUAAACCAAAAUACUGAGGAGGCUUUGUGGGGUAGUACAGUUAGGCCACUGUUUCAACUCCUGCUGUUGUAAUUAUCUCCCUCACAUCCCACUUGUGUACACACGUGUUUUUCAGGCCAUGCCAGAAUUGUCCACCUGUUGCUGGAGAGGAACGUUUCAGGAACAAUCCCCUCAGACAGCCAAGGGGCAACACCUCUGCACUACGGUGCUCAGAGCAACAAUGCUGUGAGUCACACACACACACACUUAUAAACAAAGCUGGAAAACCUGCUGAGUCAGCAGAGUUCACAUUUAUCCAAAAUAAUGUUGUUAAUGAUUAAUGAAGUCGUCUGAUUCUGUAUGUUUUCCAUCCCUUUGAGUGCAGGAGACAGUGGGUGUGUUUCUGUCCCAUCCGUCUGUGAAGGAUGAGCCUGAUCUGGAGGGGAGGACAGCUUUCAUGUGGGCUGCUGGGAAGGGUAGCGACGACGUCCUCAGAACCAUGCUGGACCUCACUCCUCACGUUGACAUCAAUAUGGCCGACAAGUAUGGAGGCACCGGUGAGCUCCUGGGAACAGCUGGUGGAUAUGCCUCCACCCACACGCUCCCUCACCUCUCUGUCAUGCAUCAGAGCGUGGGGGCAUGAUCUCCUCGGUCAUAAAGACACAUACUCACAGUGUUUUAUCCUCAGUGUUUGCUAUGAUGAUGUCACCGGGGGUUCCCUCAAGGUGCUUGAUAGAGGAGUGAGUGGGGGGGAGGUGAUUCUGUCAGCAAAAUAAGUGUGAGCUUGAUGAAUAGACUCCCACCACUGCCAGUACUGUCCUCUGAAACAUACACACACGCAGACAUGCAUGACUCCCUGCCACACUCUGACCCCCGGCAUAUAAUCUCCAUGGCGAUACCCUCUCUGCUCAGCCAGGCGGUCAUUGUUUAUGCAUGCAUAACAUGCAACGAUUGAGUCAUGCUAAUGAGACGAUGUGAGGAGCAGUGAGGCUGACUGGUGCCCGGAUCACUUCCACGCACUUGACUCUGGUUUGUUUUGUCUGGGGCCUGGACAGAAGGGGGAGGGGUCUUAAGAGUGCUGCUCCUCAUAAAAAUACCCCCUGUUCAGCCCCUCACUUGACCAGGAUUUAGCCACAUCCCAUAAGGACAAGAGGAUAGAUGCACCAGGAAGAGAUAGAGAUGGAGGAGGGAGUUUUUAUGCUCAUCAUUUAGAUUUAGGAAACUGAAUUCUAACCUUAAGUAUUAUUUUGUAUUCAAAUUCAAAUUCAACUUUAUUAGUUUAGCACUUUUCAGACAAAAAAAUUUAGUUCAAAGUGCCUCACAGAGGCUAAAAACAACAAUUAAACAACAAUAUAAAACGACCCACACACCCAUGGACCCACACACACACAGACACGCACCCACCCUCGCUCACCCACACAAGCACACACAAAGUAAGAAUGUAAGAUAUAUUGUUAAAGAGACAUGGCCUGGCACUGAGACAUUAUGUGAGGAAAGAGCUACCUUUGGGAAACACCAGAGAUAAAAAUAAAAAUGGUAAAAAGAAAGACUAAAACCUGAUGGACUAAAACAAGAGAAUAAUAUUAAAUAAACAGAUAAGUAAGAGCUCUUUACCAUAUAAAAGGGGUAAAAGAAGUCAAAACCUCUGUGAUGGGAAUUAAAAAGACUAAGAACAGAGAUAAUUAAUGUAAUGACAUAAAAGAAACAUUAAGAACUUCAAUUCAAACGAACAUUUGCAAUAAGAGAAAUAUGACAAGACAAUCAGUGAAAAGCUUGGUUAAAAAGAUGAGUCUUGAGCCUCUUCUAAAAAAAAAAAAAAUCUCUGUUUGUUUGUUUGUGUGUUUCCACAGCGCUCCAUGCAGCCUCCCUGUCAGGUCAUGUGAGCACAGUAAAGCUGCUGCUGGAGAGGGGAGCCAUGGUCGACUCUCUGGAUGUGAUGAAACACACGCCGCUGUUCCGGGCAUGUGAGAUGGGACACAGAGACGUCAUACUCACACUCAUCAAGGGUGGGUGUGAUUCAUGUGAAAAAUAAAAAUCAUCAACGUUUUAUUCUGUCUUUUAAAUGUCCAAACUGAAAUGUGAAUGUAACAAAUGAAGGUUCUACACGUGUGGACCUGGUGGAUGUGGACGGUCACACAGCUCUGCACUGGGCAGCUCUGGGUGGGAAUGCUGAGGUCUGCCAGAUACUGAUGGAGAAUGGGAUUAGUCCGAAUGUACAGGUAUCGAUGUAUGAACCGAAGUCAUGUGAGAAAACAUGAAAAAAGAAGUUCAGGAACAUAAGUUUCCUGUUAAGAACCCAUUACAUGUCAGCUUUGGCUAAACGUUCAAGUCGUUGUAAGAGGAAAUCAUAAGCAGCUGUCUAUACAGGCAUCUGCUUAUACCUGAACAACUAAUGAAGGCAGUGAUACAGUUACAAACUAUAUUUGUACUUGGCUAAAAUCUAGGUUUGAGUUAGUCUCCCAUUGAUUAAAAAAUAAUAAUUUGAAUAAUUAAAACUUUCUUUUUGAGCUGCUGUAUUUGUGAUUUGUAGGACCAAGCAGGACGGACUCCUCUCCAGUGUGCUGCCUAUGGCGGCUACAUAACUUGCAUGGCUGUUCUCAUGGAGAAUAAUGCUGACCCAAACAUUCAGGACAAGGAGGUAAAACAAAUACAUCCACUGAUGCUGUCUCAGCUCCUGAACUUAGCUCUUGAAUGACCGAGUUCUCUGUUUUUUGGUGCGCUCAGGGGCGAACCGCUCUCCACUGGUCGUGUAACAACGGCUACCUGGAUGCUGUGAAACUGUUACUGGGCUACAACGCCUUCCCUAACCACAUGGAGCAUACUGAAGAGAGGUGAGAGAAGAUUUAAUGGAGAGGUACAGGAAUAGGUAAACAGUUUUAUAAAUGACUGUGGUUUUAUGCAGGUACACCCCUCUGGACUACGCUCUUCUAGGAGGUCACAGUGAGGUGACUCAGUUUAUGCUGGAGCAUGGGGCUUUAUCCAUAGCAGCCAUCCAAGACAUCGCAGCCGCCUCCAUCCAGGCUGUGUACAAGGGUUACACUGUCCGCAAGGCCUUCAGGGAGAGGAAGCAGCUCCUCAUGAGGCACGAGCAACUGCGAAAAGAUGCAGCAAAGUAGGACACAAGCACACACACACACACAUGCAUAUUGUAAGAUUACAUAGUCUUUGGGUCACUGCAUACUUUUUGUAUUUAACACAUACACACCAUCACUCAACUCAUGCAUCUAUCUUCAUUAUUUGUCUCUGUCUGUUGCCACAAGAACAGUCACACUCUUUACAUAUCUAUCUUUUUCCCUGUCGCCCCUGCACACAGAUGCGUCUUCGCCCUGUCUCUCUCCUCUGGCCUGGUCUCAUUUUGUCAUUUGUUCACCAGCCUCAUCUUUAUUUUGUCUCGACUCUUGUCUUCGAGAGGCAAAUUUAAAUUGUGCGAGCACAUUAGCAAGCAUUUUUUGUGUGUUUUGAAGCAGACAUCUAUUGCAAUCUUUAAAGUAUUCCUCCACAUCUCGCCAUCUUUUUGGAUAUUAGAUUGUCACCAAAUAAACUUAACUUUUAACUUGGUCAGAUUACAGUGCAUUUCUGUAAAAAAUCUUUUACUUUAAGAGAUCUGACUUCUUUCCUCCAUGUUCAGGAAACGUGAGGAAGAACAGCGACGGAGGGAAGCAGUGCAGCAAGUGUCCGCAUCCUCUCCAGAGAAACGCAGGAUCCUUUCGGUGAAAACAGAGCAGGAGAAGCUGUCCUUAAUGAACAGGAUGGAAAACUUGUCCAUAAAUAACCCAGUGGAAGAAAUUAAGAAAUCAUCCAACACCAAAGAAGAAAGACACAAAGGUAGAAAUACGCUGAUUUUCACGUACGAAGGAGUAUUAGAGGUUAACAAAAGUUUUUCUACAGAGUUUAAUGUCCUUUAAUUCUCAUUGUAUGAAGUAUGAUGUCGAAACAAAAGAAUCUUAUUACUAAUUUUAAACAAAGGAAAAUAUUUUUCUGUACCUCAUUUCUGCAGAUAAACACACAUAAAAGUAAAUAACACACAGAACGUUACACACAUCUUGUUUUCUUCUCUUUUCUCUUUAUUUCUGCUCCUUAGUCCACAAGAGGAGAUCCUCCAAAAGAAGUAAACUUCCAGAACCAGAGGCUCCUGAUGUUUUGGUGAACCACUGUGAUGGUACAGGUGACUCUGUCCCCAGUGCUCCCCAGCCAAACCGCCUUAAAGAACUUCUCUCUCACUCCAGCUCCAGCCAACCACCUACCCUGAAACCAAGACCUCCUUCCACGUCUAAAGCCAGAGAACGACCCUCUCCAACCAGUCCCUCCACAAGCAUCUCUGUGACCAACCAAACUGACACAAUCACACAAGACGGCCUCCACCUGAAAAGGAGGGACGCUCACAUGACCAUGCAGAUGACUCCUGGAAAGGCCGAUGCUCAUGUCUCUCUACAAAAGCACAGAAACCACAAGGUGCAGAUGUCAGAAAAAGCUGCCCUCAAAGACAAAACUGUUGCCCCUUCAUUAAAAAGCGGUUCAUCGUUAGACCACAAAAGCCUUUCCGUGAACACUCAGUCAGCCGCACAUGCACCGAUCUCAACAAGCACAAGCAAGGAACUCAGUAAAGAGCGGCGCAGGGAGAGGAACAAAGCGGCGUGCAUCAUCCAGCGAGCCUGGAGAAGGUACGUUUGGGUUUGUUGGUACCUGAGAGUUGCUCAGUAGCUAAAGCUUCUCUGGCUGUGGGAGAUUGGCACUGCCAUGUGGUGCCCACAUGUGCCCUCUUCCCACAUGCACCCCAAUCCAUUCUCAUCUCUGCGGUAACUCCCCCCCUCUGUGUUGGGUCUGGAUGCCAUCAACACUUCAUGGAGAGGGGGAGUUGAGCGUGGGAGAUGGGUGAGACAUGUAAGCAGGGGACAGACGGGGCUGUAAUCUAGAGCUUUCAUACCGGUUUAACAAGAGGCUAAAAGUUCAACAGUGCUGCUCUAAUCGCUACCAGCAGCCUCUCCUCGCUGUUCUCUCCCUCAUACAAACUCGUGUUUCUCUAGGAGGCUGCCAGUUCGCCGCAGGACGCCCUCUGUUUCCAUUUGGCUUCACAAUUAUAUUCUGUAUGUUCUGCCUGUAAACUGCCUUGAAUAAACUCUUGUUUACUUUGUUUAUACUUAGUGAGUAUUAGUGUGAGGACUUGCCAGCUUUCGGGCCUUUGAACGCUGUCUGAGAUAUUUUAUUGAACGCUAAUGUGGCUGCAUGGAUGUGUGUCCGCAGGUUUCACGCACGCGGGCAGAGGGAGGUUAAGAGCCACGAAGGGGUGGAGUCCAGUGGUUUAAGACACGCCCAGACCAGGAAGAAGUUGGAAAUCCGACAUCAGGCCAAUAAAGUUCUGGUUACUAAGAGCUCUGUGCUUCAAAGUAUCUAUGGUGAGAUCAUCUCUUUUCAAUUUUGCAGAGGGGUUAUUAAAGGGAUAUUCCAGCGUAAAAUUAAUUUAGGGUCAAACACACCGUAACACCGAGUUAGACACUCCCCCGAGAGAUGAAUGUUGCCGACCGCUUGCUUCUCUAGUUAUACCAACUUUAGUAACGACUGCAGGAUAGCAAUACACAGCGGUCUAAGGAGCCAUAAACAAACUUUAAUUAAAACCUCAGCCACUGUAUAGCCACAAAUAAUGCUCAGAACAACAAAUUAGGCAAAGUUAAAAAAAGUUUGGUGGCUUGAACCCUAUAUAUACUGUUGAUGAAGUUAGGUGCUGUUCUAAGCAUUAUUUGUGGCAAUAGAGUGGCUUUUUGGUUGAGGUUUGUUUAUGGCUUCUCAGACUGCUGUGUAUUGCUAUUGUGCGGUCGUUACUAAAGUUGGUAUAACUAGUUAAGCAAGCGGUCUGCAACAUUCAUCUCUCGAGGGGGUGUCUAACUUGGUGUUACAGUGUGUUUGACCCUAAAUUAAUUUUAUGCCGGAAUAUCCCUUUAAAACGUAGAAGUCAGAGGUAUUCAGAAGCAAAUGCUACCCUACAGCAGUCAUUACUUAAGAGUGUAAGGGAAUUAAAUCUGCACAUGUACGUUGAGAGGUAAAACACCAUUAAAGGAAGAACCCAGAUCUUUUCUCUCGUAGAAAACAACCCACACUCCUAAGACUGAUAGUACAGGAGGAAUACUGCAGGAUUAAGAUACAGGAUUUAGAUAUACUGAGUUUAAAUAUGGGCCAGUCCCACAAUUUUAACAAAUCCAAAGAUUGUUUCUUGAAAGUAUAACUUUAGUAGCUGAAUCCUGACCGAGCUUCAGUAUUCCUGAAAACGUAUCAAAGGGCCACACUGCUGCUCUGUCCAAAAAGAGUUUUUUUAUAGGUAAACAUCAGCUUUAUCUUUCAAUGGCGGACUAACUGGAGAAUCAAACAAAUGCUUUCUUUUGACUGCAAGCUUGUUGUAUGUAAGUCAUCCAAAGCUUUAUAAUUUUGGUUGCGGGUACCUCUCUCACUUCCCAGGAGAAAACAUUAAUUAUGAGGGAGCAGCAGAUUAAGGUUGAAAUAAGGAUGUUUGUCGUCUCAGUGUUGAACAUAAAGUAAGUGACGUACUCUGGAAAUAAGAGCCCAUCCAUGUAAACGUCUGAAUGACGCUUCAAUCCACAUACCUGGGCAGUAUCAGCAUGGUUGGCUCUGCUGAACCUCUGCUGGGGUUUCACCCUACAGACAGGCCUGACCUUCAUCAGACAUCACCAGGUGAUGACGGGAGUGCAGGCAGAGACCUUGCUGCGCCAAAACAUACGCACAUGCAUGCUGUCUUCACUCGCAGACAGGCAGUUCAACCCCUCCCCUCCUCCAACUCAACCCAGACUUCUGACGAGGAUGUCCCCUCCCCUGUCUCACCUCACCUCCCUCCCUCUCUCUUUCUCUGCCUCUCGCUCUCUGACAGUCCUGGCACUGUGAAAAGUUCAGAGCUGUCAGGGGGAAUGUCAGACGACUGCGUAGAGCAAUCUGCUAAACACACUCACACACAUGCAUACAAACCCCAACAUGGUGCCACACACACUCUGAGACCCAUACCUGCACUUUGUUCUAAUAAGAAAGACAUUUGACACACAACUCUGGACUGGGUCACACAGCUCUCUUCAUCACCUUAGACCCUGUUUUAAAUUUCUUUUAACUCAUUCCAUUUCAGAUAACACACCACCAGAGAGAGAAAUGGAUGUUUGUAUCCUAGACAUCAAAACCUGAACCUGAACCUCUGCAAAGAUCUGAUUUGUGUGUUGGUUUUAAAACAAAAUCUAUCUGCUAUCUCCACUUCAUAACACUUUAACGGACCAAAGGGCCAAUGGUGGUGGACCGCUCCUUUCUCUUCGCUGCAGGACAGAAAGAUUCAGAAAAUCUUCUGUACCCACAGCCAUCAGACUUUACAACUCUUCUGUAAAUAGUAGAUGACUUUUAGAGACAUGACAAAUGAGACGACAGAAAACUGAAUUUCCCUUCGAGGAUCAAUAAAGUUAUUCUUAUUCUUAAAAAACAAAACACACUUGACUUUGGUUUUUCUUUACGCUGUGCUCAUCCAAAACUGGAAAGAAACAAACGUUGAAUGAUGAAUUGGUUGCGUGUUCCCUUUUUUGAUACCUGUAACAGUCCUUAAAUAUGAUCGCUAGUUCUCUCAUUAGACAGGACCUUUUUUGAUAACUUGGGUGUUUGUUUGUGGCCAUUAAACAUUAAAAAACAUCAAUAUUUAGGCUCCAGUGAGGAUUGAACUCACGACCCCUGGUUUACAAGACCAGUGCUCUAACCACUGAGCUAUGAAGCCGCUGAUGAAAACUGUAUCGUCAGGUGUAUUCAAAAAGAUAAUGCUUUGAACAAUCCUGGGUGUGGUGUAUAACAAGAUCAACGAGUUACAGUAGUGUCCUGUGCUUUGUUAUGCAGUUGGGUUGGUUGAAGCUGCUCUCAUAAUGCAACUCAAACAAUAUCCAACAAUCAGCUUUUCCGUACUGUCUUCUAGGCAACUCUAUGGCAAGACGCGGACGUUCACUUCGGGGCUCUCAGUCUCAGCUGCUCUUGGAUCUUCCUCUACGCACGCAGAGCCAGUGUGAGUGCAAAUACAAACUCAAACGCAGAGUUAUAAUACACGUAGAGUCUCUAAAGGUCAUGAAAUGUGCUUAUUUUGCAGUGAGUGGUAUAGACUGUGUGCACCUGACUGAUGCUGUGAAUCAAGCCAAGCAGUACUCCUACCACCUGAGACCACAGAGCGCAGGUCAGGGGACCAGAGGCCGGGGAAAACAUUGAAUCCACACACACUUGAUGUUCUUUGAUGUUUUCUCAGCUGGCUGGCGGCCUUACCUCUAUAGAAUUACUACACAUUAUUGUUCACUCCAUGUGCCAAGCUUUCUAAAAUUAAGCCAUAUGACAUCAGAGUCAUGACCUCACAGGGUGGGGUUAAGUCUACAGAAAUGGUGUGUGUAAAAGAUAACCUUUCAUCCAUUGUGGAAGGAACACACACACACACGCCAUCCCAGUCGUUCUACAUUGCUUUCGCACACACACUGCGAUAACCUUUCCUCCUGUUGUGGAGAAUGAGGCAGUCUAUCAACGGCCGGUCAUACAGAUAGCCCACCUGCAGCCUCAGUCUCACACACACACACACACACACACACACACACACACACACAGACGCGGUUACACAAUAACUGGUCUUUAAGUGCUUUGCGCUACAAAGAGGUUUACUUUUAACUAUGCAGUUUUUAUUUACUUUGAUAUGCAUUUGCACAAAAAAACUCCAUGUUACCCUCAUUGUUUGUUUUUAUUUGUGUUUUAUAAAAAUGAAAUAAAAUUCAAACAUAAAUCU